UCACUCUAACGGACGGUCAAAUAUCAGAGACUCAUCUACUUUUGAACCAGAGAAUCUACUCUCCAACAAAUUUUAGUUUAGUACUUCCGACAUAUUAGUAUUAGUUUGGUCUGUGGUCCGUUUCUAUCUUCACUUUGUUCUCUGCUUCCUUCGUAGCAAUUUCGGUUCCCAAAAUGAAUACCAAAUAUAGAGCCAGUUUGGCCAGUCUUCUUCUCUUGUUGCUUCUGUGCCCGACUGUUUUUUCUGCAUCAAAUGAUGGGUUGAUCAGAAUUGGACUUAAAAAGAAGAAAUUAGAUCAAAGCAACCGGCUUGCUGGACGAAUUGACUCUAAGGAACAGGUGAAACUAAGAGCUCCUACCAGAAAAUAUUAUCUCAAUGGUCAUCUUGGAGACUCUGAGGAUGCUAGUAUUGUUGAACUAAAGAACUAUAUGGAUGCUCAGUAUUAUGGUGAGAUUGGUAUUGGCACACCUGCACAAAAAUUCACUGUGAUAUUUGACACGGGAAGUUCUAAUCUUUGGGUACCCUCGGCCAAGUGUUAUUUCUCAGUUGCUUGCUUUUUUCACUCAAAGUAUAAGUCCGGCCAAUCAAGUAGCUACCAAAAGAAUGGUAAAACUGCUGAGAUCCAUUAUGGAACUGGAGCAAUCUCAGGUUUCUUUAGCCAGGACCAUGUCAAACUUGGUGAUCUGGCCGUUAAGAAUCAGGAUUUUAUUGAGGCAACCAGGGAGCCGAGUAUCACAUUCUUGGCAGCCAAGUUUGAUGGUAUACUUGGACUUGGAUUUCAAGAGAUCUCAGUUGGGAAUGCUGUUCCUGUUUGGUAUAAUAUGGUUGAUCAAGGUCUUGUACAAGAGCCUGUUUUUUCAUUUUGGUUAAACCGCAAUAUUGAAGGGGAAGAAGGGGGUGAGAUUGUGUUUGGUGGGGUUGAUUCUGAUCAUUACAAUGGUGAGCACACCUAUGUUCCCGUGACUCAGAAAGGCUAUUGGCAGUUUGAUUUGGAUGAUGUACUAGUUGGUGGUGAAACAACUGGAUUUUGUGGUGAUGGUUGUUCAGCAAUUGCUGAUUCUGGAACAUCUCUGUUAGCAGGCCCAACGACUGUUGUUACUCAAAUUAAUCAUGCGAUUGGAGCGUCUGGGAUUGUAAGCCAAGAAUGCAAGACAGUGGUUGCACAAUAUGGGAAAGCCAUACUGGACAUGCUGGCAACUGAGGCACAGCCACAAAAAAUCUGCUCCCAGAUUGGUUUCUGUACUUUUGAUGGGACUCGUGGUGUUAGUAUGGGCAUUGAGAGUGUGUUGGAUGAAAACAAAGACAAGACAUCUGAUGGGGUGCAUGAUGCCAUGUGUACCGCUUGUGAGAUGGCAGUGGUAUGGAUGGCAAAUCAGUUGAGGCGGAAUCAGACAGAAGAGCAGAUAUUGAAUUAUGUCAAUCAGCUGUGUGACCGGCUUCCCAGUCCAAAUGGAGAAUCAGCAGUUGAUUGCAGCAGUCUAUCUUCCAUGCCUGAUGUUUCGUUCACCAUUGGUGGUCAAGUAUUUGACCUUGCACCGGAGCAGUAUGUUCUUAAAGUGGGUGAGGGAGUUGCAGCUCAAUGCAUUAGCGGAUUUAUUGCUUUGGAUGUGCCCCGCCCUCGUGGACCUCUCUGGAUUCUGGGGGAUGUUUUCAUGGGUCGCUAUCACACAGUGUUCGACUAUGGGAAUUCAAGAGUUGGAUUUGCUGAAGCAGCUUAAGUCAAGCCAUCUAUCUAUGUUCUCUUUGCCUCUUUGUAAACAUAUCUGUGUAAAAACCUUUACUUUAUUGUGGUGUUACAAACUUACAAUAGAACUUAUCAAGUGAUAGGCCUCGGUCUUAAACUUGUUAUCUGUAAAUAAUAAACAUAUCAAGACAAUGUGAUUGUUAGUUAUUAUUAGAAAAAAACGAAAAAGGAGGCACGUUAUGAGAUUAUUAUUCUCUAAA